AGUAAAUCCGGCGUUCUGGACCGAGUUCAAACCUCGGGCUUGACAGGCAGGGCAGAGGAGCCUUUUGCACUGAGCAUGCUUCGUCCUGCACUGCCUGCACACUUAAUGAACAUUACUUCCUUCCCAGUGGUUACUCCUAGCAGAAAUCCACACCCCCUCUUUGAGAAGUGAGGAAUGCAGCUGAAACCAAAGUCCAGAAAACAUGCCCGGCACCCAGACAAGGCCCCACGGAUCAAUAAACUCAGGUUGUGACCCGCAGGUCAGUUUGUCAAACAGGACAUCAGGCUCUGCCACUUCCAAGGAGCGCCAAACCUCCUCCUCCUCCUCCUCCUCCUCCUCCUCUCCCGGAGCCAGCAGCUCCAGCUGGGGCAGCUUUGCCUCCCUCUUCUCCUCCUCAGGAUGCACAGAAGCGUUCCUGCUCUCCCUCCUGACACCAGUGGAGCCUGAGCUGAUCCUGCUCUCCCUCCUGACACCAGAGGAGUCUGAGCUGUUCCUGCUCUCCCUCCUGACACCAGAGGAGCCUGAGCUGUUCCUGCUCUAUCUCCUGACACCAGAGGAGCCUGAGCUGUUCCUGCUCUCCUUCCUGACACCAGAGGAGCCUGAGCUGUUCCUGCUCUAUCUCCUGACACCAGUGGAGCCUGAGCUGUUCCUGCUCUCCCUCCUGACACCAGGGGAGCCUGAGCUGUUCCUGCUCUCCCUCCUGACACCAGUGGAGCCUGAGCUGUUCCUGCUCUCCCUCCUGACACCAGAGGAGCCUGAGCUGUUCCUGCUCUCCCUCCUGACACCAGGGGAGCCUGAGCUGUUCCUGCUCUCCCUCCUGACACCAGUGGAGCCUGAGCUGUUCCUGCUCUCCCUCCUGACACCAGUGGAGCCUGAGCUGUUCCUGCUCUCCCUCCUGACACCAGUGGAGCCUGAGCUGUUCCUGCUCUCCCUCCUGACACCAGUGGAGCCUGAGCUGUUCCUGCUCUCCCUCCUGACACCAGUGGAGCCUGAGCUGUUCCUGCUCUCCCUCCUGACACCAGUGGAGCCUGAGCUGUUCCUGCUCUCCCUCCUGACACCAGUGGAGCCUCAGCUGUUCCUGCUCUAUCUCCUGACACCAGAGGAGCCUGAGCUGUUCCUGCUCUCCUUCCUGACACCAGGGGAGCCUGAACUGUUCCUGCUCUCCCUCCUGACACCAGUGGAGCCUGAGCUGUUCCUGCUCUCCUUCCUGACACCAGGGGAGCCUGAGCUGUUCCUGCUCUCCCUCCUGACACCAGUGGAGCCUGAGCUGUUCCUGCUCUCCUUCCUGACACCAGGGGAGCCUGAGCUGUUCCUGCUCUCCCUCCUGACACCAGUGGAGCCUGAGCUGUUCCUGCUCUCCCUCCUGACACCAAGAGAAGGCUCCAGGAGAUCCAAUGGACCAGAGAAGAGAGCCAAGGAUGCCAAGGAGGGACCUGCAGAGCUGGUACCAGGCAAAGUCUGA